AGCUUGUGACUUACUCAACCCCAUCCACUCCUUUUUCUGUCUCUUCUAUAUAUACCACUUCCAUGCUGCAGAAACUUGAAAAACUCAUUCCAACUACACAUUUUAACCCAGAAUGCAAGGCCAAACAGCUUUCAAGCUUCUUCUCUGGACGUUUCUUACUUUUGCAUCUCUUCUCUGCCAUGGAUGGGAAGAAAAAUGUACUACAAAUGAUCAUGCCCCAACUGUGCAACAGUCUCAAGUAGGGUUCGGAAGAUCUCCAACAUUCAUGGUGGAAGUGCAAAACAACUGCCCAAUGUGUCCAGUUAUCAACCUUCAUUUGAAGUGCGGAAGCUUUCCUCAAACCCUGGUCAAUCCCAGGCUACUCAAGGUUUUAAGCAACAACGACUGUGUAGUUAAUAGUGGUUUACCAUUGGCACCUCUGCAAAAGAUUUCCUUCAAUUAUUCUCACCAAAUGUAUCUGAUGUCUCCUAAAAUCUGGUAUUUCCAGUGUGAGUGAGAGACGAGUGAUUAUCACUAACCGUUAGCACCUUAUUAUCCUUUGCUUUGUAUUUUGUUGGUCAGCUAAUGCGAUUUAGAAGCCUUAAGGCUAUAGGGUAAGGUUUCAUGUCAUCCCAACCACCAAUUGGAAUGUAAAAGAGUAUGUAGCCAGUGUUCAAAAUCAGGUCUCUUGCAGACUUGCGGCAAAUUCAUUACAUGAAAAUACAGUUCU